UCUCUAGGGCCCGGCGCUUACAGCUGCCAUGUGUCUAAGAGAUUUACCUUCGAGAGAUGGGGAUAUCGCUGCCAGCAGCACGCUGUGCAUAAGAAAUAUCAUUGUUCAAUGAGAUAUAGUGAUACUGACAAUUAUUAAACAAGUAAGCAUUGGCAAAUUGUAUAUACAGAUCACCAAUAUACCUGUUGUUAUCAACAAUCCUGUGUAUUGCAGUUGCGGGUUAUUUUUUGAUGCACCAGUUUCAACUGUCCAGACUGAUAACAUAACUGGUAUUAGAGCAUACGAGUCAUCUAUAGAAAUUGAUAACCCUGACCACUCUGCUUUUACAAUAGAAAUAAGUGAGUCAGUCGUAAUAGUCUCUUCUGGUAAUCUAACAGAUCAACAAAAUGGCGAACUCAGACACGUACAUCAGUACCUCAAGAGCAGAUCCGGUUAUAACUACAGCUGCCCAGCUUGAUGUGCUGACUCAAGCACUAACAGGUACUUCUUACCAAGGUCUUCUAGGGAAGGUUGAUGAGGUUUAUAGGCUCACAGGUUAUACAAAGGCUGACUUCGAUAAACUACACACAGUGGGGAUGCCAUAAACUACAAGGAGAUCAAAGAGAUCUUCACAAGACACAUGCCAGAUUUUGCGACUGAGCAUUUCAAUGAUUGUUCGAAGAUCAUGUUAGUUUUCUUGUUUUUAUAUUUUUUAGUGCAAUAAAAUUGCAAUACUUAAUUAUUUUUUGGUGCAAUAAAAUUGCAAUACUUAUUUAUAUUUUCUAGUGCAAUAAAAACAACAAAUAUCAUUAAAUCGUAAAGAACAUAAAGAACUUAUAACGAAUAUGUGGGAUGAGAGAGACAUAGUAUGGGUGGGAACAGAGGUCGGUAUGAGAGCACCAAUACCGGUGACAAAAACUGCCCCGGAGUACCCAUCAGAGGGGCAACUGGACGGCUAUAGACCGGUAACACUCACGAUUGGGGCCGACACAGACAUAAACAAGAUGAUGCGAGUAGUCGCCUACGGAUUGAGCACCGACUCUCUUCAAGUUCGAGAUGCUGUUCAGUUUUUGUAUCUGUUUGGAUUGACAAUUACUGGCAAACUGGAGAAACCUGUAAUAUGCUUUGGAAAACAAUGGUUACCUGCUGGGACUGAGGUGUCUCCGAACUCACUUUUUAAAAUUGUCAGGACCGAUUACUUAGCAGAGGAGGCCGAGCCUGUGCCUCCCACUAAUGUAACGGAGCUUCCAGCCUUAGCCUUUCGAAUUUUGUGUGUCUAUAGAUUGCACAAAUCAAAAAACUCUGGAUACCGUCUUACACUCUGGAAGAUCGCAAAAUCCAUGCUCAACGCCAUGACGGAGGGAGGUUCAUGGAGGGGUACAGGCACUCCAGAACGAUAUAACCAGUGGGAAACCUCAGAUAACUUCACAAAGUUAGUUGCUGGAUACGAUUGGUUUUUUCAACUGUUCAGUAGGCACCAAUAUGCAUCACUGAGAUUUGGAACUGUAUCUGCGCGUACGGCCGAGUGUUCGGUCUUUAAUGCCUUCGAGCAUGUCAUCGGAACUUUGUCAAUGCCACCCGCACAGAUAUACAAGUGGAUCUGGGACCUUCAGGUCAUGAAAGAAUAUAAUAUCUUUGGCAAAGAAACGGAGUUUUUUGCAGAAUACGGAUCUGUAUAUCCGUAUUUUGCAUGCCUCUGUCUUUCCAGGAAGUCUCCCUACGCCAUUGGACAGGUUCCCCAUCUGCACACGUAUCUACAUAUUAUUAGCUGUUUGGGGGGAAGUCAUUCUUCCAAAAAUGCGACAUAUUUCCCAGGAACAAACUUUCAAACAUUGGUUGGAUACGCGACCUUGGUUGUCCAUGCCUGGACCGCAGGUGUUCACAGUAAAUGUCUCAUGGCUCAAAGGAAUGAAGACCAGGCAGCUAUCAUUGCGAGAUUUUCAAAUCUGAAACCGAUAACUAGUGAAUUGACAACAUUGAGUCGUCAGGCAGAGACUAGAUUUAAGCAACAAUUAUUGGAUUUGGUGAAUAAAGAGGGAAACAAAGAACUUAUCACAACAGCUCAUAACACUCAGUCAGCUAAUCCCAAACCAAAAAGGAAAAGCCGAGACGCAAAACCGCUGCAUAUUGGAAAAAGUUCAAAGAAAUGCGUGAAGAGUUAAAAGCACCCAAAUUGGAUCUUAUCAAAAAUCAAUAAUUUCAUCAAUUAUUUUUUAUUUUUACCUAAAAUAAAAUCACUUGUUCUUCAGCUUGCGCAACAGUAAGUAGUUUUGAAUAAGUCUCUAAGCCUCUUCCCAAGACCAGAAAAGAGUCCCAGGAAGAAAAAGACUUAGCUCCCAAGUGAACUUCCCAGGAAAUAAAUAUUUCCCAAGUAGUUCACCCAAGAGAAAAGUCUAUUGGUCCCAAGUAGAAUCUUCCUAGAAAGAUUCAGCUCAAGACCAGGAUAAAUCCCAAGGAAAGCUGCCCAAGGACUAUAAGGUCCCCAAGUGACUUUUCCCAGGAUAAAUCCGAACAGGUGUUAAUUCCCAAGCAGGACCGUGCCCAAGGAUAAAUAAUCCCCAGGCAAGGUCUGCCCAAGAAUUCACCAACCCCCCAACUUUGCUUUGGGGACGAUUUACUCGCCAUUCCCCGAACAGGCCAUAUCUUUAUGGCAGAAGGUUCUAUAUCUUUACAGAUCAUAGACCUUUAGUUUAUUUAUUCAAUAUGAAAAAUCCCUCGUCAAGAAAUCGGUCUAAAAGUGCUUCAGCACAUCAACAUUAAAAAAUAUAACAACGCGUUUGGAACUAAAUUGGUCCUUCGACCACCCUACUAAUAAUUCCAAUAUUUUUUAGUGGGGCGAAUUUAUUACACCAGCGGUAUUACCCCUCCUGCAGGGGUAAGAACUUCGCACAUCAAAGAAAUACUCCACAGUAGGGCACAGGGUACCGUCUCCAAGUCCAGAAUCGUGAAAAACUGACAAUCAUCCAAAUUAUCAGUGACCGGCACAACUCUACCAAAGAGAAGACCAGCUAAACAUAAGCAUCCAAUACAGACUUCACACCAAAAGGAGGCACCUCGAAGUGAGCGAUCAAGAAGUGAAUCAUCACGCACCGUACAACGUGCCCCUCCAAUUUACAACAGACAUCAUCUACCUCAAGUGGGCCAUCCACAAUCUCGUUACACACAACACCCACCGCACCAUCCAGGGAGAAGCGGCUAUCAGUACAGACCUUUUAUUGACGACUUAAAGGUAACAAGGAUAUUCCCACAGGCACAGCUACAACUCAAUGAAAUUGUGCAUAGAUACCCGAAAUUUUCAGUCAUCAUAAGAGGAGAAGUUUCUGCUGGAUUUAAACAACAAUUAUUGGAUUUGGAAAAGCAAAGCAAUGUAGUAAAACUCACAAAGUUUUUAAAACAUCUAUUAAUACUUUUAUAUAUUAGAAUCAUCUCUGUUAGAUCAUAAUCACGAUGAAUUACGUGAUACUUCCAAAUAUGGAUUGUCACAAAAUAUAAAAUCUGUUUUAAGUUCCAUAUUAGAACAAAACGAACGAAUUUCUCCCACAUCCGCAAGAGACCAAUUAGUAAAAAAUGGUGUGCCUAAGAAAGAACUACCAUCUUUAGAGAAAAUAAGUAAAUUCCUCUAUAUUCAAAGAAAAAGAGGACGAAAGUCCAAAAUUACAUUUGAAGAGAUGUCAAAUUGGGUAAAAGAUCACUCCUUAGAAACGGAUAACUAUGAUCAUCCAUAUAUCAUUGCAUAUGACUCCUCUAUUGAAUCAAAAAAGUUUACAUUGGUACUUUCGACGAAGAGACUCUUAACUCACGCUAUAUGUGUAAAUUAUCUACAUGCUGAUGCGAUCUAUAAAAUUACUAAAGAACAGUUCCUAUUUCUAAUAGUGGAUACUACCGACGCUAAAAGAAAAUUCCAUGUAAUUUGCGUCGCUUUAUGCUCUUCUGAAACAGAAGAUGACUUUAAGUUCGUUUUCCAAGGCUUAAAGGAAGCAAUCGAAAAAAUAUCUUAAAAAUCGGCUUAAAAACGUUUUUGUGAAAACGUUAAUUUUUCCUUUUAAUUUCCCCAAUGGCGGAGGCGUCGAAAUUAUUUUUGACGUUCUCAUGGGAACUUUGACAAGAUUGAGUAAGUUAAUUUUGUAAAAAUUUUAAGAGAAUUGUGUGAGGGAAAUGCUUUAUGUAGAAUAGUCCUUGUAAUUUUUCCAAUAAAUUUUCCCAUCAGCCGAAGCCUCGGUGUGAGGCGAAACGUUGGGCAAGAAAAUUUGUUUUUCCUUCCCAUGGGAGAAAAACUUUUGGCGCUCACCGGAUUCCUCCCUUCUGUCUACGCCAAUUCCACCACAAAUCGAAAAAAUAUCAUUAAACAAUAAAUAGAUAAAACUAGAAAAUCAUGUGAAUCAGUUAAUUAAAAAUAAAUCACAGAAGAUUCAACCACUCCGAAUCUUUACGCUAAAAGGGUGGGGAAAAUUCACCAGUAAGUCAUGCUUAAAAUUUUAAGUCCGUCUUAAAAAUUUAAACUGAUUUUCAAGUCUGGCUUAAAAUUUUAGGUCAAUUUUUAUAAAUCUAAUAUUUAAUAUUUAAUAUUAGAUUUAUGCUAAUUUUGAUAUCAGGAGAUUGUUUGAUGCAUUAGUUGGUGUUCCACUUCGUGGCCAACACCAAGUAUUGUAAUCGUCGGAAAAACCGACCACCUCAGAUCGGGCUCAAACUUGGUAUGAGCACGUUUUGAACAUCCCACAUUACGAAAAUGGUGGUAAUAAGCCCAGCUUCAUAUCGGACUCGAUGGUUUAUCUCUGCACUGACCUAAAAAGGAUUAGUUUGUCAGAGAAUCUUCAUGAUAGAUUGGAUAGCGACGACUGCUCAAAGGUUUUGAACAUGACUCGUCUAACGGGAGGAAUACUCCAAAAGAUGGCUGGGAAUGUCUUAAUAAGUGGACGUCUCCUUGGUACUGAAGUUACGUGUAAAGAUGUAAAUCAAGCUUUGAAUUUGCCUCUUCAUAGUAGUACGAUCCGUAGUAUUGGAAAAUACUUUUCCGACUCCGCUGUUGAAGGAUGGGAAAGUGUUACUCUUGGCAGGUUAAUUCUAUUAUCAAUUGAGAUUAGAAUUAACUCUGGAAUUGAUGUUAAAGUUCCGCUAAAUGAGAUGUUGCUCGCACUGGGGGGUGUAUCAAGAGCAAUAUUGCAAAAGGACCCCAUUGAGGUCGCCAUUUGUCUUACUUCAUUCUUCAGCUGGAUUCAGGGUGAAGGGUGUUUUGACUGUGCUAUGCGCAUAAUAUGCGUCAGAUCGGGGAGGUGAGCAUCCUUAUUGGUUCUGUUCACCGGAAUCUUGAAGUUAACGAUAAUGUGUGGGCUCGCCUUCAUGUUUUCAUGGAAGAUGGCAAUCAUGCCAGAAUUAAUCAAAGUGACCCGAUGACUACAAGUCAUCAAGAUAAGAUAGCACGAGAAUGCUUUGGUGCAGGACUUCUACCCAUACGGUUUGAAGGAACCCAUUCCGUUUGGGUAGUUGGAAAUAGUGACGAUAAAAUCAUUAUCGUCGGAAGAGGUCCUGAUGGACAGUUAAGUUUCGACGUAACUCAACAUCAAUACGCAAUUUUGUUGAGCGCCUUGGAUAUGGCGUUCCUGAUUUUUAAGUCAUUUCGACACGUUGAUUCUUCUGUCGGUGGUAUAAUAUGGUGCAAACAGCACUAUAUUAACCCCUUCAAAAUGUCAACUGAUAUAGCAAAGAUUGCUUCCGAGCUAUACGAGCUGGCCAAUCUUUAUAAAGUUCAUGAAACAGGAUUUAUGUUGUUGGGAAGUAUCGUUCUUACAAAAACUUUCCCAUGUGAAAAAGUGGUAGAACUCCUGAAGAGGGAGAAAGUUUUGAGCUCAGAAUUUCUGAUUGAAUAUCUGUUUAUCCGGGCUCCCGAACGAGAAUGGGAGUUGAAGGCUUUCUUUAUUAGGGAGCUCUUCUACUCAGACAAGAUACAAUAUGUUCCCCCCGAAGUUAAGGUGUUCUCACUGGACCUGAAACUGGAUCCAGUCGAAGAUAUUUCAUAUGUAGAGUCAGCUCAUUAUUACUCAACUUUGCCUACUAAUACUGCUUACAAAUAGUAUUACAACGCAUAAACAAACUUUUGCACGUUGUGGGACACCAAAUCUUAUAACUGGACGCGUUAUGAUUGACUUUUAUUUUUUCGCAGACUGAUUUCGCGGAAAAUGUCCAUUGGAAAAAUCUCAGAAUGAUAUUCCAUCAAUUUGUUGCAGAAAAACUUAUGAAAAUGGGAUAAAAAGUUAUGAAAACGAAAAAAAAAAUACGUUACGAUCAUUUUUUUUUAAUUGAAAUUUCUGCAUUUUAAAAUUAGCAGAAAUUACAAUUUUGUAUUUUCAAGAUCCAUUAAGUGCAUCUUAUAAUCUCCGGACAUUAAAAUUAGCAAAAUUCAAUGAAAACUAUGCAAUCUGCUUUCUCCAAUUAAGCUUGACUUAAAAAUUGGUUUAAAAUUUUAAGCCUGACUUCUGAUAUUUUUUUUUUUCUAUAAUAUCUUUUUUUUCAGGAACAACAAAAGCUCCUCUUUGUGCGAUUAGGAGCUGUAUUCUCUUAGAGCGAAAAACUCUCGUGAUAAACUCCCGAAAGCUUUUUGCAGGAAAAAAGUGAGGAAAACUUCACGUGAGCUUGAUCCUCUAAGAAAAAUAAUGCAUCUGUGAUAAACUCCCGUAAAAUUUUCCCGAUUUUUACGUUUCUUUUAGAGCGCAAAAGCCUUCAGGAGUUUAUCACGGGAGUUUUUCACUCUUAGAGAAUUCAUGUCCAUGUGUUGAUCAUUGAUUUGACAACAAUUAGCAUGGAAUUCCCAGAGAUUCAAAUCAUCUAUUUUUCUUCUUCUUAAGAUUAAAUGUGGUGCGAAUAGCCUUUGAUAAGAAAACACGUGUUAUCUGUACCACCAGGUGAAAAAAUAUCUGGCAAAGUAUAUAAGUCCAUCAAAGUAGAUGGAAUACCUUUUGGAGAGGCGUAAUCAAAUCGUCACCUAAUAUAAAUAACAUUUUAUCGAUCACUUUUUGUUGGAAUUUGGAAUCAAGACUUUAUUUGGCGGGGGUGGUGCUAUAAAAGCUCUCCUUUGGGGACAAUACGCAUUCAUUCUGUUCCCAUCCAGGCAUUCAGUGUGACCAUUAAAAUGAAAGUGAUUUUUGCUGUUUUUUGUGCAAUCUUCCUCACGCAGAGCUCUGCUUGGGGGAAGAAUAUUUUUAACGAUCCAAAUGAACAAUGGGCCUGCGUUGAGGAAAUAUUCCGGGAAUUGGAGGUGGAUCUUGAGAGACUCGGUGAAAUGGCUGGAGAUUUCGUGGCCACUGUUACGAGAUUGAUGGACUCCAGACAGAGAUGCUUUGACAUUCUCAGUGAUCCACCAACUGCUCUCGAACAGCGCCUGCAUGAAGCUUGCAUGAUUGCGUGGAGGGCAACAGUUCUGUAUGAAGUUGUACGAAUGCGCAAUAUUGCCCAAGGAAGUGACGCUCAAGAGAUCUUUGAGCAAUUGCAGAGGGAUAUUUUUGAAUGCCUGGAUGCUGAUGAGGAUGAAGUUAUCAAUCCCCCAGCACGCAAUGAUUUCUCAUUCAAGAAUAAUGUGUAAUAAAGUUAAUUAAAUUAUUAUUUUAUAGAAGAAAAAAAAACGUUAAAAAUCAAAA